AGUAUUCUGUACCUUAUUUGAUCAUGUUCCACUGUCUUAGUGCAGAUUUUGCCAGUCUAUCUCUUAUGGUCACUAAUUCACCACAACAUCACAUUAUCUCAUUCUUUCUCCAUAUUUUAUCUUUUCAAAAACUCAUUAUUUUUAUCUUAAAUAUAUUCUCUUCUCUUCAAAGUUAUAACACAAAAAAUAGGAGAAUGGGAUACACCAAACUCCCAAAAGUAUUCAUGCUACUCUUGACCUUAAUUCUUGCAGCUAAAGUUAUACAAGGAAUUGAAACAAAAGGGUGGAUAUCUCAAUCCUCACAACUUCAAAGAGAAUCAAAUUUAAAGGGUAGCAAUGAAGCAUGGAAAGUAAGGAAUUAUAGGAGAUUGAUGAUUGGAUCCACAGCACCAACUUGUACUUACAAUGAAUGUAGAGGCUGCAAAUAUAGAUGCAGAGCUGAACAAGUUCCUGUGGAGGGAAAUGACCCUAUCAAUAGCCCUUAUCACUAUAGAUGUGUUUGUCAUAGAUGAUAUAAUUAAUAUAUAUAGUAUGAUAAUUGUCAUUAAUAGAUUAUAUUAUUAUAAGCAUAAUAUAUUACUAUUUUGUGUUCUAGUAGGUUUAAAUUUAAUUGUAGAAGUUGUUAGUUUUUGUGCUGAAAAAAGGUUCAAAAAUUUUGUAUUUGCUAUGUUGUCAUUCAAUUUUAAUAACAAGCCUAUUUAUUAAUUUUCA